AUGUUUACUGGCCAUCAACUAGUUAUCUGUUUGCUGAUUGCCUUCCAAUUUCAAGCGACUAUCGGAAAUAUCAAUUGCGAUUAUCAAUUCAUAAGAAAUUCAUGCUCAUCCUCAUCAAUAGCAUGUAGUCUAGCCAAGCCUACUUGGCGUAACGCACCUGUAAAUCAUCUGGUUGUAUGGUCCAUUUCCAGUAAUGAUUCUAUCUGUCAAACGCCAAAUGCGUGCUGGCAAACUAAUAUACAAAACUGUAGUUAUCCAGAAAUACAAAUUAAACCGUUAGAAAUUCAAGAUGGCGAUAGUGUAAGCUUACAAAUUCUGGAAGUGGACAAUAGUUCAAUCGUAAUGAAUAUUACUAAUGUGACUUAUUAUGACUUUAAACGAUGCUCGGAAAGUUAUGGCUUGAAUCGAUCUGAUAACAUACUUUCGGGUAAUGGCAGCAUCGAAAUUGAUAGUCAAAUGCUCAGGCCAGGAAUACAUUAUUUUGUAUCGUUACUGACCGAGAACAUUUAUUAUUGUGGCUUUGGCUAUCGUCAAAUUAUUAUAAGUCGUUCUAACGAUUGUAGAGCACCAGGUAGUCCAGGUAAUGUAAAACAGUGUAAUGGCCAUGGCAGUUGUAAUGUAACUAGCGCAGAUAAUUUUUUAAUCCGAUGUCAAUGUGAUAAAGACGCAAUCGGUCGUUACUGUCAAGAAUAUAAUGCUUGCUAUGUAAAUCCUUGCUCAAACAAUGCUAGCUGUCAUGACAUCCAAGGUGACUUUAAUAGCUAUGAUUAUAACUGCUCAUGUCAAGAAGGUUAUACUGGUAAAAACUGCUCAGAUAUCAUUGAUUAUUGCCAAUCAAACCCUUGUCAAAAUAAUAAUCCUUGUGAACCCGCAUUUAAUGGCUACAGUUGUCGGUGUUCAAUCGCUUAUUAUGGAACAUAUUGUGAACUGUAUCAAGAUUUAUGCGUCGUACUGAAUAAUCCAUGUAGUGAUAAAGUUGGCUAUCAGUGCGUUAGCAAUCAAGGCUCUUACAAAUGUAUACGAGUUGCCGUUCCAGUAUCCGUACAAUUUUAUCAAGUUCACCCGUCAUGUUCAUUUUAUCGCAAUCUAUUUAGAAAAUUCGUUAUUACAUCAGGAUACGUCUCAAUACAAUUUUUGCCCUUUCAUAGCGGCCUAAGUUUAAAGCCAUUAGCUUUUUUCCUUAAAAGCAUAUUUAGGAAUCGCAAAAUUAGAAGGCCCAUUUCGCUAGAGUUAAAUUACAUAACACCUUAA